CAGAGAAAGGGAGAGGAGAGAGAGAGAGAGAGAGAGAGAGAGAGAGAGACUCAUCGAUUGGUCUUUGCCCUGCCUAGUCCUUAGAGGGAUAAACUGAAGUAGCAAGAGAAACGCAUAUAACGAUGACUUUCUCAGGAUGUCUUUGGUUGGUUUACCUGACCUGCACUGUGCUUGUGUUUAUCUCUCCGGUUGAUUUGGCUCCGAUGCCGGACCAGUACUCUCGGGGUGUGGACUGGUUAAGCAGGUAUGGAUAUCUGCCCCCUCCGGACCCCCGCACAGGAAAGCUGCAGACUAAAGAAGGCAUUGAGAGAGCAAUCAAAGAAAUGCAGCGUUUCGCUGGCCUCAAAGCCACAGGCAAACUCGACAGUGACACCCUGAAACUGAUGAACACGCCGCGGUGUUCGCUGCCGGACAUUAUAGGCUCUGAGGACACGCUGAAAAAGCGGAGGAGGAAAAAAAGAUACGCGACCACUGGGCUUCGCUGGAAAAAAUCGGACCUCACGUGGAGCAUCCAGAAUUACCCAUCUCUCCCUCCGUACCUCCAACCAAGUGACGUGAAGACUAUAAUAACCUAUGCCUUCAAAGCCUGGAGUGAUGUGACCGACCUUAAUUUUCAUGCUUCAUCCUCGAGAGAGCAGGACAGAGCUGAUAUCAAGAUCUCUUUUGCUCGCUCUCUCCAUGAUGACGGGUAUCCAUUCGACGGGAAAGGAGGAACGCUUGCUCAUGCCUUCUUCCCAGGGGAGAAUGAUAUUGCUGGGGAUACGCAUUUCGACGACGAGGAGAACUGGACCUCCUCAGAAUAUGACAGUGGCACCGAUUUGUUUGCCGUGGCUGUGCAUGAAUUCGGUCAUGCCCUGGGUCUCUCUCAUUCCUCCUCUAAUCCGUCCAUCAUGCAGCCGUACUACAACGGUCCUGUCGGACACUUCACAUCCUACAUCCUUCCAGAAGAUGACCGCAACGCCAUUCAAUCCAUCUACGGAAAGAGAAGCAAAUCAACACCUCCUCCAGAUCAUCCUACAACACAGUUACCCAAACCGCCGAGCCCACCUCGACCCAAAAUACCAUCAAAACCUGAUCCGUCAGCCCAGAAUCGCUGUGAAGGAGGUUUUGAUGCAGUGGCAAACAUCAGAGGAGAAGUUUUCUUUUUUAAAGGUCCGUACUUCUGGCGAAUCCAACGGUCUGGCUCUCUUGUGUCCUUUCACCCUGCUCUCAUAAAAAACUUCUGGAUGGGUCUUCCUCCCGGCACUAACAAGAUAGACGCCGUUUAUGAAAGAAAGAAAGAUAGCAGGAUCAUCUUCUUCAUUGGCUCGCAGUACUGGGUAUUUCAAGACACCGUGGCGCUUUCUGGAUACCCACGUCCGCUGUCAGACUGGGGGCUGGUCUCUCAUGACGGAAAAGAGGUGAAGAGGGUGGACGCCGUCUUCAUUUGGGCUCACAACGGAAAGACCUACAUCUUCAGCGGCGGAGAGUUCUGGAGGUUCUCUGAAGGCCUGGAGUCUGGGAGGUACCGCCCAGAUGCAGAUUAUCCCAGAAACUCCGCCCGCUGGAAGGGCGUGCCCAGUAACCCCGAUGACAUCAUCACCUGGGGAGAGGGAGAUGCCUAUUUCUUCAAGGACAACUCAUAUUGGAUUCUGAAGAGCGGAGGAAUGGACCAAGACAACGUCGUUCACAAAUCAACGGCAAUCGAUUGGAUGAAGUGUCCAGAACCGUCUCCAACCGCACUUCCCUCCAACCCGCGUCACAAAGGAGAUUGCAACUGUGACCUGAACGGAGCCUUGCAGAUGAACGCUUCAUCUUGGUUACUGUUCAUCAUAUUACUGCUUCCUUCAGGCGUCCUUAUAUAGUGCCUCUUGCAAUAAUACAACAAGAAGUCAUCUGCCUUAUUUUUUACAGACUGUCCCAAAGCACUUGAAGUGAUAUCUAAUAUCCAAUUAUUACUUAUUGUUUCGUAUUUUGAUCUAUGCAAGUUUAAUGUAUAAAUAUAUUCAAAUUAAUUAUUUUUAGGCUUUUUUUAAGAUAAAUUAAGUAGAUUUUAAUUAUGCAAAUGUAUUAUUUAUUGUUUUUACUGUCACUCCAAUGCAUUUUUUAUUUUAUCGCAUUGCAUUUGACUUUGUUCCUAUAUUUCCUAUAUCUGCGGCUAUUUCUUUUCACAAGUUUUGUCUAAAUUGAUGAAUUUAUGUCAUGAAGGCAUGAGAUAUACUGCAUUCUGUCUCCGGUCUGUAUGAUCUUUAGCUGUGAUGACAAGUGGGAUCCACAUGGGGGCAUUAGCUCACAGCAGGGCAUAGGUUCAAAACUCCAGGGCAUUGUUCAAGGCCGUUGCAUAUGUUCACAAAACCUGAAAAUAAUUUUGCUGGGAAAUUUUAAUAAAUAUGUGGGUGAUGCA